AAUUGCUUGCGAUUGUGAUUUUUGCGAAUAAUUGAAUGCUAAAUGCUGGAUGCUGAAUGCUGAAAUGGAUGAAAUCAACACCCUCGUCGCCCAGUACUUCCAGCUGGUCGACCCCCACCAUCUCAAUCUCCCCGAUGGCCCAACCAUCGUCAAACCCGCCAUCCAAACAGCCCUCUACGAACGCAUGUUCAACGAGGAUACUGUAUGGCCUAUUCCACCGGUGAAUUACCGGUCUCGAGUGUUAAAAAUGAUCAUCUCGAGAAUCGAAGAGUCCAUCUCGGAUCCUGAGGAGGAUGAGAUCAUAUCCGAUCUCAUGGAAACCUGGUCCACCCUCAUGACCACCCCCAAACCAUCCCCUCUCCAACAAGCCCAACAACUCUCCUACAUCAAAUACACUGCCCCAACCACCACUGCCAGCACAGUCACUACCCCCCGCACAGUCAUCACCUCCGAAUCAAGAGGCCUCAUCCUCUCUGCCGGCACAACCGGUUUCCGAACCUGGGAAGCAGCCCUCCAUCUCGGCUCUUUCCUCGCCACGCCCGCCGGCGAAGCCCUCGUCCGCGGGAAACGAGUUAUUGAGCUCGGCGCGGGUACGGGGUUUCUGUCUAUGUUUGCGGCCAAGUAUCUAGGUGUGCAGAGGGUGGUUGUCACGGAUCGGGAGGAGGCGUUGUUAGAUUCGAUUCGGGACUGUGUGGGGAGGAAUGAGUUGGAUGGGCGCGUGUUGAGGCCGGCGAUUUGGGAGUGGGGGAGCCCGUUGGAUUUUGAGAAGGGGGAUGAUGGUGAAGAUGGGGUGUUUGAUGUUGCGCUCGGGGCUGAUUUGGUAUGCUUCAUUUCAAUCUCAUUCGCUAACUAGUCCAGUCUGUGAGGCUUACGAUGAUAGAUCUAUGAUACCGAUCUCGUUCCACUCUUGUUAUCAACAUUAACGACCCUUUUUGAUACUUACAAGAUCAAGUGCUUUA